UAACUUCCCUUAAAACGUGACUCGUAUGUUGUCAUUAGAUUCUGUGGCAUGUGCUCUGCGAAACUAAGAAAAGAUGUUAGGUUCUGUUGGAAGUGUAAUGCUGACCAAAUAUCUGCUGGGCCACCUGGUGAAAGUACAAAUGUUGUGCAACAACAAGAAUCAUUUGGCAGGCCACAACUUGGACAAAAGCGAAAAGCGAUGUCUAUUGAGAGCUACUUGAAAACUAAGUCAACUGAAAGGCAAUCUGCCAGUACUUUUCGUUCAAAAAAAAAGAACACCGCUAAAGUCGAGAAAAAGGUGUCUGUUAACAUUGGUAUCAAGGUGAUGUCCACAAAUGGGCUUAAGACAGUUCGUGGUAAACGCUUACCAGUCACCGUUUCACAACAAAGUACUUAUGCUAUGCUGCUAGAACAGGCAUUACAAAAAUGGAGUGCUUACGACAAAAACUUUGAUGCGUCUAAAGAAUAUGUGCUACUUUAUGAUGAUGACAGAUGUGCUCAGUUUAUGCCUGGUAACUUCCUUACUAUAUACUAUUACGGUACCUUUAAUUGAAAUUGCAGAAUGAAUAGUUUAAUCUCAAUAUUGAAUUUAUUUGUCCAUUUCACUGCAUGCCAUCUGUUGGAAUUGCUUUAAUUUAAACCAUUACGUCAUGAUGUGUACUCGCGCCUGUCUUGUUAUUUAACUUGUCUGUUACCAGAAUAUUUUUCUGCAAUACUAUAAAGCAGCUUUAUUUUCGAGGGCGAAAUACGAUCAUCAACAAACAAUUUGCAAUUUUAAUGUGGCUUUUUAUGCAAUUCCACUAAUCUAAUCCUACAAUUGAACUUCAAAGUAGCUGUGCUUAAUUGUUAUCUCCAACCUUAUUACACGUACUAGCACUACCUACACAUGCAUUUCAUAAUUUUAAAUGAUAUGUUUAUAUAUCAAGUAAAUACAAAGUGAAAUAUUUGUAUUCAGUUCUGUCUUAAAUAAGUCAGAAAUUUAUAUCCAGUGUUUCUUCUUUGCCUCCCCACCCACCACAAAGAAACAAAUAUGUACUGAUUAGAUUUAUUAUAUUAUUGGGCUGGAUAUUCCAGUUAAUUAGUUUACUGUGUAUUUUCUGUUGUAUUUGUUUUUGUUGUUGUUGUGGUGGUCCGUUAAUGACGUGGUAUUAGUAAGCUAAAACCUCAAUUGCAACCAAGAAACAAUUCUUCAUGCACCUACGUAUUUUCACUGAACAAAUAUUUAAAAGCAUCAAUUGUUUGCCCAUAAUAGUAUGCGGACAAAUGCAUUAGUUACAUCAAAGCAGGGCCGGAACUACUGGGGUGUGUUUGGGGAGUUUAACGCCCCCAGAGAAAAGUAAAAAAGGGGCCCAACUUGGCCAGAGGGGUCCCAGAAUGCUGGAAUUGCAGAACGUGUUAAAUAUUAAGGAAUUUCUGAAACAUUGAGGUCGAAAAAGGUCUGAAAAAGUAUUUUGCUUCCAUUUUCUCAAACUAUUGUCAGAACAUUUUUUGGGAAGUUUUGUUUUCAGAAAAAAAAUAAUUUAUUCAUUUUAACAUUUUUAAAAAAUGCAUCGCCUAACCAACAUUAACUGUUUGAAACAAUGCAAAAGUUUAAAUUCUAAAACCACGGUGGUCCUUUAGUACGAUCGUACUUGUUUACUAUAAUGUUUACCACUUGUAUGCCUAUUGCCUAUACUUCGUGUAAGCCUGUCCCCAAGCCAUACCCUAAUCCUAACCAUAAAGUGUCUUGAGACCUAAUAAUAACCAUUACAACAGGCAUAUAUGAAGAAUAUUUUGCAUUUUGGAAUAAGUUCUCCCCUCUAUUGAGCCCCCUAUAUCCAAAAAGCUCCUACAAGAUCCCUCCAAUAAAUAAGUGCUGUGGAAAGUUUGUGGGCCCACAGAUCGGAAUUUUAAUUAAAUUAUCUAUUGUUUGAAACAAAUAAUGUAAAAAAAAACAUGCGCAUGAGCAGGACGGACUUGACAGCCUCUUUAAUUGUUACGGUAAGUUCUGUUAGAAACUAUCCACAGCACUUAUUUAUCUUUACAACCUCCUUAAAUUUAAUAUGUAAAAUGAUGUAAUAUUGCAGUUUUUGGUUAUUCUUUGAAUUUAAUUGCUUUUUUAUUUUCUCAUUUUAGGGCAACAUGCCGAAUUUUUCUGCUUGGAAAAAUAUAAGACGGAGGUAGGAAGAGAUUAUAAGCGCAUCAUAUUUUAUCUCUGUCUAAAGAAAGACCUCGAACAAAGCGAAGACCUGGAGAAAGAUGAGGAAACUGAUGACGAGAAGAGCGAUGACAACUUCAACUUAAACCUGUUGUUCAACGGAGACUUGCCUCCAGAAGAGAUGUUCCAAAUUGACGAUUUUAUAGAUGCAGUAGAUAAAGCAGAAACCGAAAGCCAAAAAGAAACGUCGUCCUCCAACGAACAGACGGAAUCAAAUGAAAUCUCUUGUAACUUGCCUCAAGAUGCAAUAUUUGAUGUUAUUUCUGACAGUGGUAUUGAUGAUUAUAAAGAUGUGGUGAAUUUACUGAGGUCUAAAGUUAAACAUGAUGAUCAACUCUUUCUUACCAUGAGACGACAUGCUCCGUUUUCUCGAGUACUUAGUUUGUGGAAAAGGCAAGCUCUGAAGUCGGAUCCUUUGCACGAGUUAAAGGUUCACUAUAGUGGUGAAGAUGGCAUCGACUCGGGCGCAUUAGCACUGGAAUUUUUGGAGGAAUGCAUACAAGAGAUGGGGAAAGUGAUGUUUCCUGAUGGUUCCCCUAUCGAUUCGUCUUUGCAUGUGCAAAAUGGCGAUUUUCGAGCAUGUGGCCAACUAGUCGCUGUGUCCCUGGCGCAGGGUGGUCCCCCUCCUUGCUUUCUUGAGAAGUGCGCGUAUGAAGCAAUGUUUGCCAACGUGGAUAUGAUGAAUAUCUCUGACGAACAUCUGACCGCUAGAGAAAUUAGCUUGCUGGAAAAAGUGCGCUCAGAUUGUAAAAAAUAUACUGAUCUGAUCAUCGAUCAUGGUUACACGGGUACGAUAUCCAAUGAGCAUGUUGACGAGAUUAUUCGCUCCCUGAAGGUGAGUUUUGUUUCACGCAGAUGUCUUUACAUGAAUGAGUUUAUCAUUGGUGCUGAGUCAUAUGGGCUUGACAAAAUAAUGAAAGAUAAUCCAUCUGUUUGUGAGCCGUUAUUUGUGAAUGGAGAGCUGAAGAAUGGCUUGAGACCUAGUGCUGACUACCUUUUCUCAUUAAUGGUCCCUAAUUAUUCUGAAGUUGGAUCAACAAGAAGAUGCACAGAAGAAAACAUUAUGGAUUAUUUACAAGAUACUUUAAUUUCAUUUGAAGACGAAAACAUUGAAGGACAUAGUUAUGCAGUAGCAUGGGAUCACGAAGUGAGCCCUGAUGGUAUUCAAUCAAACAACGGUGGAGAUGACAAAGAAAUGCGAGUAGAAUUUUCCACUCCCAUCGUAAAUAUUCCAGGUGUGAUGGGUUGGUUAAUUGGAACGCAACACGUACCUAUAAAUGGAAAGAAACCAAAUAUAGCAGUCUUUUUUGACCAUGACUGCCUGGUACGAAAUCCUAAACACUCGAUUUGUUUCCCACUUGUCGGAGCAUGUGCAAAGACUCUAACCAUCCCCGUUGCACAUAUGAGAAAUGAGACGAAGUUCAAGGAGAUUUUUCUCAUGGCCUAUUGCAAAGGAAGACCGUUUACAAAACCUUAAUUUCGACUAACAUUGGUUUGGGAGAACAUUUGUUUCUCUGUUUGAGAACCAUAAAACAUUGCAGUUGUUCACAGUGAUAUUUUGAUUGAUUAAUGUAUACUGCCCAAUUUGCUGUUGAUACGUGAUUAAUGAACAUGCGGUUUUUUCAAGUUCAGUGAUAA